ACACCGGUUAGGAGAAAAACAGAACAAUCAGAGCGCAAAGUAGGCCAUGUGAAACCUUCUUACCCAAUCAGAACCCAACAUUACCGUCCAGGAUAUGCAAAUACCAGGCAGAUUGGGAGAGGGAGCAAGCGAACGUCAAAUCCGAAGACCUUUUGACUCUUUGUGGGACGGUUCGGAAAUGGACCCUCUGUGGGUGGAGUCAGUCCUGCGGGUUGGAAAGAAACGGUACCGAGUGAUUCUGAAUGGACUUCAUUUCAGUUGGACCCAGCUUGACAAGCAAAACCGGGAUAAAAAAACUGUUUCAGUUCCUGUAUCAGAGUUGAUUGGUGUGGAGGAGGGGAAAGCUGAGAUUCAGCCACAAAAGAAAGUGGAGGAGUCAGAGCUACAUUUUACUGUGUUUUCUGUGAAGCGUGGUCGCCACGGGGGCGGUUCUGCGAGGCUGUGGACAGUGGGCCGGACCCAGUUCACCUGCAGCAGCCGAGACCUGAGGGACCACUGGGUCACAAAGCUGAGAGCCGCGCUCAGGGAGAAGAGUGGCUCGCGGCCCCAGCGGCUUCUGGUGUUCAUUAACCCGUUUGGAGGGAAGAAGAGGGGUGUGCAGAUCUAUCGCACCCUGGUCUCCCCCCUCCUGGAGCUGGCUGGGAUCAGUGCUCAUGUCGUGGUGACGGAGCGAGCUAACCAGGCCAGAGACCACAUCCUGAAGAAGGAGCUAACCGGGUUCGAUGGGGUGGUGUGUGUGGGCGGGGACGGAAUGUUCAGUGAGCUUCUUCACGGUGUGAUUGGGCGGACACAGCAGGAGGCGGGCCUAUCGGAACACGACCCCACCGUGACCCUGCAGCCCUGCAACCUCCACAUCGGCAUCAUUCCAGCCGGCUCAACAGACUGUGUGUGCUUUGCCACUGUGGGUGUGAACGAUCCCGUUACCUCUACUCUCCAUAUCAUUAUCGGAGACUCCCAGCCAUUGGAUGUGUGUUCCGUCCAUCACCUCAACUCGCUAGUUCGCUACUCCGUCUCCAUGGUGGGCUACGGUUUCUACGGUGACGUGCUGGCGGAGAGCGAGAGACAUCGCUGGAUGGGGCCUCUCAGAUACGAUUACUCAGGCUGUAUGAUGUAUCUGAGCAACCGGAGUUAUUCUGGGGUGGUUCAGUUCCUGCCUGCAGACCCCCAAUACUCCAGCCCUCGGGACAACACGCGCUGCCUCUCCGGGUGCCGGGUGUGUUCCGAGAGCACAGAGAGGCUCUUCCCCCAAUCAGAUGCCAGCUCCAACGCCAGCUCCUACUCCACCUCUCAGUACAGCCAGGACAGCAGCCUAUCAGAUGGUGACUGGGUGAGCCUAGAGGGCAGGUUCAGGUGCGUCUCCCUCACCUGCAUGUCCAGCUCCUGCCCCCGCAGCCCGCUGGGCCUCUCCCCCGCUGCUCACCUGGCCGACGGGACAGGCGACCUCAUCCUGGUGCGGGACACCCAUGCCAUGGGGUUCCUCAAGUACCUGCACCGGCACACCAACACGGAGGACCAGUUCGACCUGCCCUUUGUGGAGGUCCACCGCGUGCGGGCGGUGCGCUUCUCUCUCCCCCCUGGAGAGGUGGAGAGCGACGAAGAGGAGAAGGUGGAGGAAGGAGAGAAGGGGACGGAGGAGGGCAAGGUGGAGCUGGAGGGCGAGAGGGACAGGCCGACGCGGAGGAGCGUCUCCCAGCAGCACCUCGCGGAGAGGGGAGAGGAACGAGGGAUGGGAGACUACAGGAAGAAAAAGAAGAGGGACUUCCUUUGUGGGCCGUGCUGCAGCAGGGCUCCCUCGGUCUCUGUGUGGAACUGUGAUGGAGAGAUCCUUCCGUACACAGACAUCCUGUGCAGGGUGCACGGCCAGCUGGUGCGUCUGUUCGCCCGGGGAAUCGAGGACGGGGCGGGAACCCGCAACUGCCGAGCAGGAAGCAGGAAGUGCAAGGGAAGAUGUGUUCUGCACACCUGACGGACAUGUCAAGCCGCCCAUUCUUAAAAGGCUGGCCUGGGCGACACCUCGCUGGCUAGAGGCAGAGCAGAAGGUGGGCGGAGUUAGGUCAAAGUGCACAACAGGUGUUACAUUUUAUUAUGUCUUAUGUCCAUUACAUUCUUUCAAUAAAGAUUCUUAACUCCA